AUGCACAAUACAGUCAGCCCAAUUUCAACAGUCGCCAUAGUGCUGGAGACGGCCCAGGAUGAAGAGCCUGUGCUGCUUUCCCACAGGGCCCAGCAGCUGGAGAGACAGCUAGAGGAUGGCCUUACCGUGUUCAACCACAGCAUCCAGAAAGAGUUCACUUUGCACCUGGUGCUGCGUCUGUGCUGUGGCAUCAUCGAGCCAUCCCUUCGUCAGCUUGCCCAGAAGUACAACUGUGACAAGAUGAUCUGCCGCAAGUGCUACACACACCUGCACCCCUGUGCAGUCAACUGCUGCAAGAAGAAGUGCGGCUAUACCGACAACCUGCGCCACAAGAAGGUCAAAUAA